AUGGCAACACAAGUACUUACGAAAUUUCAAUCGGUAGAGCUCCAGCCUGUCAGUGGCCUCCUUGGAUCAGCACCAGCUGAAGCGUUGCAUGAUGCUUCGAGGGACUCUUCGCCCGCCACACCAGAAGAGGAUCGUGAAACGCCCAUCAUCCGCUCGAAAGCUCGAGCUACUUUCGUUGUUGCGCAACUCUUGGGCUUGAAUCUCUUCAGCAGCUUCUGCAAUGGCGUCGUCGUUGUCGGCCUACCAGCCAUGGCGGCCUCAUUACAUAUCAACGAAGGACUUCUUGUUUGGCCUACUUCUGUCUUCUACCUCACUGCAGGUUCCUGUUUGUUACUGGCUGGCUCUAUCACUGACGUGAUAGGCACCAAAACCAUGAGUUUGAUAGGAGCCUUCACUGCCGCCAUCUCCGCGAUGGCCUGCGGCUUGGCCCAAACCGGUGGCCAAUUAAUUGCCUUUCGUGCCUUGCAGGGUAUCACGAACGCCAUCAUUGUUCCCUCGUCCAUAUCUAUUAUUUCAACCAGCUUAGAGGAAGGAAGGCCGCGCAACCUAGGUUUCGCGUGCUUGGGUUUCGCUGGUCCGAUCGGAUUCUCUCUUGGGCUCGUCCUUGGCGGCGUCUUUGCUGAUAGCACCGGCUGGAGGGCCGCAUUUUAUCUUGCCGCAGCCACUACUUUUGCUUUAUUCUUAGUUGGUAUUUGGACGUUGCCGAAGGUUGUUGUCCGUCUUAGAAAGUCGGUUUGGUCUACAAUUCUGAGAGAGGUUGACAUCAUCGGGGCUUUCAUUGGGACUGCAAGUUUGGCGAUGCUGUCCUAUGUUCUAGCGUACAGAUCCCUCUCCGGUUUACCAUUCCUCGGCGUAGCUAAUGCAGGGUUUCAGAAUCUUGUCUGCCAAUAUCCAGAAUAUUCAUAA